ACGAACGAGUGCGCGGACUGGAGAGACAGGCCUUUGUCUCUCGCUCUCCCACAUCACAUUUUGCCGAUAUUAUCAUUCGGUUUGGGACUUCGCAGUGAUCAACUACCAAGAUGUCACUCGCGUUCGUGCCACCCCAACAGAAGCAAAAAGGGCAACCUCCAAAUCAAACCACGAUUCAGAAAAUGUUGGAUGAAAACAAUCAACUAAUACAGACAAUAAUUGAUUAUCAAAACAGUGGGAAAGCUCAAGAAUGUAUGCAAUACCAACAGAUACUGCACCGGAACUUGGUCUAUUUGGCUACAAUUGCAGAUGCUAAUCAGAAUGUGCACGCAUUGCUGCCAGCCCCUGGUCAGGGAAGUCAGGCCCCUGGCUCCAUGCCUCAGCCGACCCCCCAGAUGACGCAGAUGAGGGCCCCGGGGAAUAUGCCCAACCCCAUGACACAAGCCGGUUCAAUGCAAGGCGGUAACCAGAUGAGCCAGGCAGGGCCAGGCAUGCCCCCAGUCAGCAGUCAGGCCGGCUUCUCUGCUCCUAUGGGAAAUUCCCAGCAAUCUGGUGGCACCUCCGGAUUCCCCCGGCCUCAGAUGGGUCCGCAACAAUCAGCUCAGCAGCAAGCCAAGGGCAACAUGUUGCCUCAAGGUCAGGGGAUGACUAAUCAGAAUGGGAGCAUGGGCAACCAGACGUACACACUGCCUCCCCAGCAACAGCAACAACCUCCUGGUGGCUACCCCAGUCAGCAACAGCCCAUGAUGUCCCAGCAACAGCCCAUGAUGUCUCAACCUCAGCCGAUGAUGACGCAGCCUCAGCCUAUGAUGUCCCAGCAACAACCGAUGAUGUCCCAACAACAGCCGAUGAUGUCCCAGGGACAACAGCCGCUGAUGUCACAGAGCAGCAGCAGCCAGAUGAUGAUGAACAACCAGAGUGGGAUUCAGAGUAAUUCCAUUAUGGGCGGACCAAGGGGCCAGAUGCCUCCAUCAUCCUACCGGCGGUCUCCGCAAGGCCAGCAGUACAGCCAGCCACCGGGCCAGGGGGGUUACCCCCAACAACCGUUCAGUGGUCAGCAGCCUUACUCCCAGCCCCAGGGACAACAAUCCUUCCCUCAACAGCCAGGCUACUCCCAGGCCCCCAACAUGCCCCCACAGGGACAAUAUGCCAACUACCAGGGUCAGGGACCACCCCAGCAGCGUUAUAAUCCUUUCAACAGACCCCAGGGUAACAUGGCCCCCAACUCUCCAAUGCAGGGGAGCCCAAUGAAUAGCCAGAUGAGUGGGCAGAUGUCCUCCCAGGGCCAGGGGAUGGGGGGUCAGAUACAGUCCAUGCCCCCUCAGGGACAAAUGAGUGGAAAUAUGCCUCAAGGGCAAAUGCAAGGUGGACCUAUGCCGGGUCAAAUGCCGCCAAAUCAGGGUCAAGGAAGCUAUGGUUACAACCAAAACCAGUACUGAAGUAUGAACCUGAUUUGCUUACAUGUUAAAACAAUCAUUAGUCGAGGUGUAACAAGCAAAGGUUAACUGGUCAAUGAUUAAGGAUGAAGAUGAAAGCAUAGUGUUCAUCUGUUCGGUUGUAAUAGCAGUAUGGUCCUUGGAAACUCCAGUGACGGCAUUGAAUUACAACUGCUUGGGUAUCAGUGUAAUAAGUUGAUCUGUAUCCCGGUCAUUUUUGCAAAGCUUCCUUGAAAAAAAAAAUAACAACGAAUUGGUGUCGUGUUCUCUACUUGUGUCUUAAUUCUACUGUUUUCAUGGAGGAAAUAGACUCCCUUGUCUACAGAGUGUCCACUUGUUAAGGAUAGGAUUCUGGCGUAGAAGGAAUGAUUUUCUUGAAAAUUUGAGAGCAGUCAUGGAGGCUAUAGUUGGUAUGUUUGUAAUAUAAGGUGUUUGAUAUCUCGACAACAAGACUUGGAUAACAUUGUGGUUCCAUUAACUGAUUUUUAUGAGUGAGAAGAGUGUAGACAACAUAUGUUUGCACUACACUUUAAUAAGUAUAAUCUCAGGGUUAGCCCAUAAGAAUGAUCUGCUACAGAGUUGCCAUCUACCUAAAAUUAAAAGUGCUUAAAAGAAUUUUUUCUUUUUUUCUAAAUUCAGACACAAUAAAUGUGGAGCCCUGAGUCUUCAGGUAUAAGACAAAGAAGCAGUUUUCUUGUAUAGCCUGUUCGUUAGUGUUUCACUAUCUAUUUGAUUCUUGCAUUAUUCAAUGAGGACAAUUAUUAAUGAAAGAUCUUGUUGAUUUUGAUUUGGUAGUUGAAAAACAAUAAUGAAAUUUGUCGACUAAUGUUAGACAUGGGUUAGACAUCCAAUUAAAGAGAACUUAGAAGCUCUCUUGCUUGCAGAAAGGGUUUCUAUGUUUAUUGAACAGCUAUUGAAACUUAACUGACAAAUAAUUUCUUUAAAAAAAAAUUGCAUUUCUGACGGUUAUGUUUUGUCGAAAGUGUUUACACAUUUGAACCUCAAAACAAUGUUUGAUGAUGUUUAAAACCAAAUACAAGUCAGGGAUUGGGAACCACAAUGCUUCUUUAGGGCCAGAAUGAACUUUGAUCACACCGAUACAUCGCUGCCGGAUUCUAACAAGAUCUGAAAGUUAUUAGCAAUCUCAUGUAAAACAUGCAGGAAACCUGGCCUUGCAACCACUAUUGUCAGUGCAAACCUCUUGCCAUGUAGAGAAAUGUAUAAUUUGUAAUCAGUGCAAUAAUCACUAGAAAAAGUAGUCUAACGAAUCAUUCGUAAUCAACUUAAAUUUGUAAUUUCUGCCCUUGGUGGUAGAUGUAGACUUUAGAAACUUAGCCAUCGGCUUAAGUAUAAAUGGUUAAGGUGAUGGACAAACCUGUUUUUCAGUAUUUCUUUACUAUUGUGGGAAGGAACUUGUACAUAGUCCUGUAAUCUCGAUCAUAAUCAAGAUUAGGUGAUUGGCUGGAUGGUGCUCAAUGUUAGAUUAUGAUAGCAUUAUUUUGGUGAUUCAAGGUAAUGUUCUCACGGAGAUUUUAUUUUCAAACUGUUAACAUUUGUGAAUCAACGUAAGCAGAUUUAGUUCUCCUGAGCAUAACUGUUUUUAUAUAUAUACAGUAUUGUUGACGUACAUGUUACUGUUUUUACAUCUCUUUUACCUUGAGUUGUUUCCCUCGGAUCUCGUCACAGUUUCUUCACUCUUGAUCACGGUUGGAUCUCGUGGUUGGUCAUGGAUGACAUCAAGUUCUGCUUAUGUUAUUGGCGUUGGUUUGAUGAGAAUUGUAAGCACUGGUUUUUAAGAUGGGUUUGAUGGACAAGUCUGCAAUCAGGUUUAUACUUCAUGUAUUCAGGAAAUGCCGAAUGUACACAUCUGCGCCUAGUUUCCAAAUCAGCCACACUUUUUUUUUUUAUAUUUUUCAUGGGUCUGCCUUACAAAAGGAAAUGGUUAAGAAAUAGUAAUAAAUCUGUUGUGAAGCCUGAUUAUAGGUUCUAUGUUACUCUUGGGAAUGGCUGUAUGUUAUUAAAGGGAUGUAACUCUAGCAAUCCUUUAGAGGAAGGGACAGUUUACAGGUACAGCACUUUCUGGAUCAACAAGGGUUAACUAUGAGGAAAACAUCACAAAAUGUUCUUCCAGGAUGUGAUUAUUUUAAACUCUACAAGUGUAUAAUGGUUUUACCCAAAUGCUAUAUAUAUCGUUUUGUUUUUAGGUGGAAAAUAAUGUGGCAUUAUUUGGCAUUGUGGUCCCUUUGAAAAUAGUGUCAACCUUGCAUUGCCCUGGAGGAAAGAUGAGAAUUAUUUAUUACUUCAAGGGUUGUAUGUACAGGACAUUUUACUUAACUUGCUUUUGAGAAUGACUUAAUAAAUGUUGAGCAAUUCCAGAACAAUGUGAUAUCAUUUAUGGAUGUUGCUAUGGUUACAUGAGGUAUAUAUGCUGGUCAGUGCUUGGGGUGUUGGAAUUUUUAACAAACCAUUGUGAUUUUCAUCAGUCUAGAAAAACCAAUCUGUACAUAUAUUUUGUCAAUGCCAAAGCCAGUACUGUGAACAUAACAGUGUGCCUGUCUGUUUAUUUUGUCUUUCUUGUCUUGUUUUUCUUGAAUCCUCCUCCAUUAAGUGUCCCUGAUCUAUGUGACACCAGUCAAACCAGUCUUCAGGUAUUAGGUAACACUUGGUGAUGAUUCUGCAACACGGUUGUGUAAGGUGUUAGGAGCCUAAUGUACAGCUUUGAAACAAAGGUUAUGACAGGGAUUUUUCUAGAUGUGCUCAAACGAUGACAGUUAGCAGCAUAGGUCAGUUCAAAUUCCCAAAUUAAACAUUUCUAAAUUUCUGUUUUGUAGUGAUACUUCACUGAUAACAGGGCCAAUAAGGAGGAACAUGUAUUAAUGCCUUGUUAUGCAUUAUGGAAUUCUUGUGAGUUAGAAUAAAAUACCUCAGAUUUGAAGAAAAUAUUAACUAAAUAACCAUUUUUUUACUGUCAUGGACAGUCUGGAAUUCUGGAUAAAUCCCUGACUUAUCCUCUUAAAGCAAUUCUAACACUAUUUUCAAACACCAUAUCACUUGGCUGGCAUUGUAUUGUUAAUGUGAUGCCUGAAAAGACUUACCAUAAUCGCCAUAAUAAGUGCCCUGGAUGCUAAUAUUGAGAAAGAGGGGUGCGUAUUAAAACCACCACAACAAUUUAAAUAAGUUUUCAGAGAUUGAUCAGUAUAGUUGCAUUGAUAUUGAGUCGCAUUGAUAUUGUGUCGCAUUUUUGGCAAGGGGUCAGCAGUCGUAUUAAUUUGGAGACGCAUUAAUUUCCAGAUUUACAGUACCUGCAAUAUGCUUUGCGGUAUGCUGCUAUUUUCUGAAAAAGAACUGUUACACACAAGAACUGUCAGGUAAAUUUUAGGUCUUAAGGGACACUUAUAAAGAAUAUUUAUAGACAGGUCCAGAAGUUGGUUAGAUGGGGGUUGUUGGAGUAGGGCACUUAGUAUGGCGAAUACCGGAACAGUUUGAGAAGAUUCCACUAGGCAGUUAUGCAAGGUAUUAGCAUACUAAUGAACAGCUCUGAAACAAGGAUGAUAAUCGUCUUUAUAGCCAUGCCUAGAUUAUGAUCAAUUUUAAUAUUACUUCACUAUCCUUGUAUCGUGAAGGUGAUGUCUGAGGUGUUUUGAAUUGUCAAGUGAGGCCCCUAAAACAAAUAUCUUGGAAAUGGUGGAGAGAGCGAAGUGUUAUUCCUGUGGAGACAAAUUUCAUGAGUUUGAUGUGGAUGACUUGGAAGAUGUUUCAGUGCUCAUGAUUAACUUUGUCUCCACAGGAAUUGUCAUCUCAAAUCUAUUUCACUGAAAGCCAUGUUGCUUUCAAAAUAUUAUUACUGAUUAUUUUAAGUUUUUAUUGAUAACAAGUUAAGUUGUUAUCCAUGGAAAGUAGAAUAUAUUCAUGUUCUACCAACUUCUAAAUGCCUAUCAAAGACUUUUUGGUCUCUUAAAGAACUGGUUACUUUUUUAUCCUUUUUUUGUAAUCAUGGAAAAUGUUUUCAUUAUUGUACAUUCCGAAACAAUUUUGAUGUUGUAGACAUGUAUAAAUUAUUGUCAGUAUCCUUUGAAGCUAUGAUCGACUCCACUUAAUUGCACACGUUAUUGAAUAUUUUUGUAAUUGCAUACUUGUCUACACACUGAAUGGUGGGUGUUAUAACAUUUAUAUAAUAUCUGAUUCAUAACUGAAUAAAUGAUAAUAGUAAUAAUAGAAUUAAGAAUCAUACAUAUAAUGUUAUGGUAAGUUAAAUCUAUAUGAAAGAAUUACAUGUUCCUGAUAUUUCUUUUCAUAAACGUAUACCUGAUUUUAGUCUUUUGGGGAUUGUCAAUCUUUUCAUAUUUAGGUAAUUUGGUAGUAUCAUGACAUUAUUUAAUCAUUUUCUCCAUUGAUAUUAAUUAUAAGUUUAACUAAAUUCUAAUUUUAUCCAGAUUUAAAAACUGUCAGUUGUAUAUGUUUUAGUGGGUUUACAGAUUUUGAUAGUGAAAACUUUGGUUGUAGAUUGAAAUAAAUGAAUAAAUAUAAUGCAUUGCACAGGAUGUUUUUUGUCUCAAAAUUUGAUUGGGGGCAGUAGGUGAUAAAAAUGUUUUGGCCUUUUUUUUGGUUUUUAUAAAUGUAAUAAAUCUAAAGUAGGACUUGUAAUGACACAUAUAUUGUUUUUCUGUUUUGGUCAUAUAAAAUUCCCUUGAAUUUUUGGUUUUGUCAAAGUGAUCUUUACCGUUGGUGAUACAUUUAAAAAAAGCAUUCUGAUUUUAUGUUUUUCCUGUAGUUUUUAUUUUGAAAGUCGGCUGAUCUGUAAACCAAGCUGAAUACAUGUACAAUAAGGCCAUACAACUUUCAUAGGGAUCGUUACUUGACUACGCAAUUCUGACAAGAGGAAUUGACCCAAGACUUUCUUAGGGUCAUUACAGAAUUGCUGUUUCUAGAAGUUUUUAAUUUCUUUUUACUGAUUUCAUAACAAUGAGAACGUCUAGCCUAAAAGAACUGUUUGGAAGUAAAAAAUGUCUCUUUUUCACUGGAGUGUAUUCAAUUUUCUGUGUCUGUUCAGGAGAUUAUCUGCGUUGAACAUUCAAGAAUGGGAACUUCAGUGUAUGUGUUGUGUAAUGUUUUGACACAUGAUGAUAUGGAUAUCGUAGAAGAUAGUGAUCAGCAAUCUGUGUUGUGAAAUAAGCAUAUGUUCAUUCCAACAAGCAAAUACACAAUACUAAAUAAGGGUAAGCAGCUUAAUAAGAAGUCUUUCGACAGUGAUUAUGGUAAUUCAAUCAAUAUCAACUUGCUAAUAAAUGUCCAUAAAGUAUUUUCAGUGUCCAUCAACUUCAGCAAUAUUUUCAGUAUUAUGACAUUGAUUCAAUAUGUAUGCAUGCACUGGUAGAACUGCUGGUGAUGUUCAUCAUUUUGUCACCAUGCAGGUGAUAAUAAUAAUUUGAAACACGUAACAUUUCUACAAGUGAGGUGAAAUGGGAUUUCAUGUUGUGUUCAAGAUUAUUUCACUUAUAUAUCAACGUGUGUGUUUGUGGCUGCUUGUAUUUGUCCAGGAUUACACCAGUUUUAUGGUGCUAGCCAACUGAGAUACCUGCUGCAGUUUAACGUGGAUACCAUACUGACAAUGUACCAACGCCGAGCCUACCAUCCAUUGUUUUUUUCCUCUUGAUAAUGAGCACCAGGCAGGGUAACAAGAAGUGCAAUCUUUAAACAUAUUUUGGUAUGAGGUGGCCAGGGAAUAGAAACACCAACCUUCCGUUUCAGAAUGAGGCUCUAGCCACUGGACCACAGAGUAAGUCAAACACUUCUAGCAGUGCAUGCAUAUAUAUUAUGCAAAGCUUUUCUGUUAUCAGAUAUAAUGAUGUAUUUGCUAUUUUACAUAUCUUGUCAACACAUUUUGCUUCAAAUAAAUUGUAAAAAUGUA